AAUCUCCCCCUCCCAAAAUCGCUCCAUCACAUAAACCUGGGGGGGGCAGGAGGGGGGGUCCCUUCCGAUCCUCCCUCCUGACGCCCCCCCCAGCAGGCCCCCUCCCCCACCAUUGAAAGCCAUGAAUUUUGAAUUUGAGAGGGAGAUUGGGUUUAUAAACAGCCAGCCAUCGCUCGCCGAGUGUCUGACUUCCUUCCCCGCUGUCUUGGAGACAUUUCAAACUUCAUCAAUCAAGGAGUCGACAUUAAUUCCUCCUCCUCCUCCUUUCGAGCAAACCUUCCCCAGCCUCCAGCCCGGCGCCUCCACCCUUCAGAGACCCAGGAGCCAAAAGCGAGGCGAAGAUGGGCCCGCUCUGCCGCCGCCGCCGCCGCUCCCCGCCGCCCCCUUGGUCCCCGAGUUCCCCUGGAUGAAAGAGAAGAAAUCCGCCAAGAAACCCAGCCAAUCCGCCUCGUCUCCUCCAGCCGCCUCCUCCGUUUCGGCCUCCGGGGUCGGAUCGCCAGCAGAUGGUCCGGGACUGCCGGAGGCCGCCGGCAGCGGGGCGCGCAGGCUGCGCACUGCUUACACCAACACGCAACUGCUGGAGUUGGAGAAGGAAUUCCACUUUAACAAGUACUUGUGCCGGCCGCGCCGCGUGGAGAUCGCGGCCUUGCUGGACCUCACCGAGAGGCAAGUCAAGGUGUGGUUCCAGAACCGGCGCAUGAAGCACAAGCGGCAGACGCAGCACCGCGAGCCGCCCGACGGGGAGCCGGCCUGCCCAGGCGCCCUGGAGGACGCCGGCGAGCCAGCCGACGAGCCCGCGGCCAGCCCUGGCCGCCCCUCCGCCUCCCGGCCGGCGCGGGAAGCCUGCUGUCACCCGCCCGAGGUCGCGCCGGCCCUCCCGGGCGCCCAGGGCCCCCAGCCUUUGACCGCUCACGUGGGGGGUAGUUUGCGCGCGGCCGCCAGGCUGGAGCCCGAGCCGUUGCCCGAAGACGCCUUUCCCGAGCGGCAGGAUUCGCCUUUCCUGCCCGAUCUCAACUUCUUCGCGGCCGACUCCUGUGUCCAGCUGUCCGGAGGCCUGUCCCCCAGCCUGCAGGGCUCGCUCGACAGCCCGGUUCCCUUUUCCGAGGAAGAGCUGGAUUUCUUCACCAGCACCCUCUGUGCCAUCGACCUGCAGUUCCCCUAACCUGUUUCCUCCUCCCGGCCGCUUCGACCCCUGUCCCCUCGUCCCGUCUGCUGGAAAACCCGAGGACCCCCCCUCCCCCAAGUCGCUUAGACUUCUUUCUGUGUUUUGCUAAAAUUCAGGUAUUACUGAAUUCGUGUUUAAUCCAUUUCCUUCCGUUCCUCUCUAAAAUAUUGGGCACUCGGGCGUCUUUUUAAAACACACAGACAAAUUCCGUUCGGUAGACUCCUUCCAACGAAAUCUCAGGAAUAAUUAAACUCUUGGGGGGGGGGGCUUUCUUAAAAAAGAACUAGAGGAACUUGUUUUCCUCUCUCUCUUUUAAGUUUUAGACCCGUAGAUUAUUUAUUGAAAUUCUUUAAUAAUAGGAAAAGGGGAAAGUAUUUAUUGUACAUUAUUUUCAUAGAUUAAAUAAAUGUCUUUAUAAUACGAAAA